AGAGGAGGGAGGCAGGGAGAAAGAGAGAGAGCCACACACCCAGCGAGCCAAAGCCAGAGCAGAGCUGCACAGCUAGCCGAGGCAAAGCCAGCGAGCAGUGCCCGGAGCCCCCGGCAGCAGCGGCGGCGGAGCCAUGGCCGAAAGGAAAGGCUCGUCAGGGAAGCAGGGGGAGGAUGAGGAGGUCCCAGCCUUUUUCAAAAACCUGGGCUCGGGCAGUCCCAAGCCCCGGCAGAAAUUCUGCGGCAUGUUCUGCCCAGUGGAAGGCUCGUCAGAGAACAAGACCAUCGACUUCGACUCUCUGUCGGUGGGCAGGGGCUCGGGUCAGGUGGUGGCCCAGCAGCGGGACGUGGCCCACCUGGGCUCAGACGGGCAGCCCCCUUACUCCCGACACGGCCCCGGCCGCCAGCCAUCUGUUGAAUCGUCCGGGAGGAAGGUGGAGAUCCGGAGGGCCACGGGCAAGGAAGCCCUGCAGAACAUCAACGACCAGAGCGAUCGACUUUUGAUCAAGGGUGGCAAGAUCGUGAAUGAUGACCAGUCCUUCUAUGCAGAUAUUUAUAUGGAAGAUGGGUUGAUAAAGCAAAUAGGCGAGAACCUGAUUGUGCCAGGAGGGGUGAAAACCAUCGAAGCCCAUUCCAGGAUGGUGGUGCCCGGCGGCAUUGAUGUGCACACCCGUUUCCAGAUGCCAGACCAGGGGAUGACGUCUGCCGACGACUUCUUCCAGGGGACCAAGGCCUCCCUGGCAGGGGGAACCACGAUGAUCAUUGACCAUGUUGUUCCUGAGCCCGGGACCAGCCUGCUGACGGCCUUCGACCAGUGGAGAGAAUGGGCAGACAGCAAGUCUUGCUGUGACUACUCUUUGCACGUGGACAUCACAGAGUGGCAUAAAGGAAUCCAGGAGGAGAUGGAAACCCUGGUGAAGGACCACGGCGUCAACUCCUUCUUAGUGUACAUGGCCUUCAAAGAUCGCUUCCAGCUCACAGAUUCCCAGAUCUACGAAGUCUUGAGCGUGAUCCGCGACAUUGGCGCCAUUGCCCAGGUUCAUGCUGAAAACGGUGACAUCAUUGCAGAGGAGCAGCAGAGGAUCCUGGAUCUGGGAAUCACUGGCCCCGAAGGACACGUUCUGAGCCGGCCUGAAGAGGUCGAGGCUGAGGCUGUGAACCGGGCCAUUACCAUUGCCAAUCAAACCAACUGCCCGCUGUAUAUCACGAAGGUGAUGAGCAAAAGUGCCGCUGAGGUCAUCGCCCAGGCCCGGAAGAAGGGCACCGUGGUGUAUGGGGAGCCCAUCACAGCCAGCUUAGGGACAGAUGGGUCUCACUACUGGAGCAAGAACUGGGCCAAGGCAGCAGCUUUUGUCGCUUCUCCACCUUUGAGCCCUGAUCCGACCACGCCUGACUUCCUCAACUCUUUGCUGUCUUGUGGGGAUCUCCAGGUCACUGGCAGUGCCCACUGUACUUUUAACACCGCGCAGAAGGCUGUGGGAAAGGAUAACUUCACCCUGAUUCCUGAGGGCACCAAUGGAACUGAGGAGAGGAUGUCCGUCAUCUGGGAUAAGGCUGUGGUGACCGGAAAGAUGGAUGAGAACCAGUUUGUGGCUGUGACCAGCACCAACGCGGCCAAGAUUUUCAAUCUUUAUCCCCGGAAGGGCCGCAUUGCUGUGGGCUCUGAUGCUGACCUUGUCAUCUGGGACCCUGACAGUGUCAAAACCAUCUCAGCCAAGACUCACAACAUUUCUCUGGAAUACAACAUCUUCGAGGGCAUGGAGUGCCGAGGCUCGCCACUGGUGGUGAUCAGUCAGGGGAAGAUCGUCUUGGAGGACGGCAACCUCCACGUGACUGAAGGAUCGGGCCGCUACAUCCCCCGCAAACCUUUCCCCGAUUUCGUUUACAAGCGCAUCAAGGCCCGGAGUCGGUUGGCAGAGCUGAGGGGUGUUCCCCGAGGCCUCUACGAUGGGCCGGUGUGUGAAGUGUCCGUGACACCCAAGACAGUGACUCCGGCCUCCUCCGCCAAGACUUCUCCUGCCAAACAGCAGGCCCCGCCUGUCCGGAACCUGCACCAGUCUGGAUUCAGCUUGUCUGGUGCCCAGAUUGAUGACAACAUCCCUCGCCGUACUACCCAGCGCAUUGUGGCUCCCCCAGGCGGCCGUGCCAACAUCACCAGCUUGGGUUAGAGCGCCUCAGUCAUUGAGCAGCAGUAGCAGACUGGGAAAGGGGGGUGAGGGGUGGGGCACCUGAGGACAAUGGGUUUUGUUUAUUAUUAUUAUUAUUAUUAUUUUUUAGAGCCUGUGAUAGUUACUGUGGGGCAGCCAGUCCAUGGGGCUUCCUUCUGGGCCCCCCACUCGGUCCUCCUUACCCUGAUGUUACCGAUUUUGCUCACCUGUGUUUCUCCACUUCUAAUAGUAUUACAUACAUGUUCACACACCGACUCCAGAGACAGAAUGUGACCUGACACCUCGAGGGUGUGAAACAAAAAGUAUGAAAAAAUCCCUGCCACAACUAGGGUGGUUUUCAUCCAGCGUCCCUGUUGUUCUCAUGAACAUCUUUCUUUUCCUAAGGGAAGGAUGAAGUGAAUUCCCUGAGAGCUGCCUUUUUUUUUUCCUCCCUGAGGAGGGGUGGGGUUGGGGAAAGUGGUUUAAAAAUAUGAUGUUGGAAGAACUGAUUAAAUAUUAACGAGUUGAGACAAGUGUUUAACAACUGAGUGAAUCGGAUUGGUAGAGCAGCAGUCCCCCACCGAGGUGGCUCCAGACCAUGUCUAUUGGCUUCCAUACAUUUCAGUAUGGGUCAUCAUUUCUCUUUGUCCUGGAUUUGGCUACAACAUGUAUCCUUUGAGGUUCCCCUCUCUCCUCUCUGGCUUUUUGUUUUGUUUUGUUUUACAGAACAUUUUAAGUUGCCUCUCAUUGGCUUCUGAGAGAUAGCAUGGCACAGUGGGAAUAGCACUGGAUCUCAUGGCAGAGGACCUGGAUUCAGGUCCCACCUCUGGCCAUUAUUAUCUAUUUGACUUUGGGCAAGUCACUUAACUUAUUUGCCCCUCAGUUUCUUCAUGUAGGAUGAAGGUGUUGGAUUAGACAGCCUCUAAGGCCCUUUCCAGCCCUCAGGAGAUGAGACUAUGGGUAUUUGUUUUAGACAACAUUUUUCUCCCUGUCCCAGCUGCCUCUCCUUUUCACUAGCCCUGCCACUUUUCCAUUGUUGCCAUAGGAACCUGGCCUGGGGAAAUAAGGUGCUGCCCCAUCACGCAGAAUGCUGAGUUGGCCCAUGUUAUGCAAGAUGCCACCAAGCCACCCAUGGUGGCCAUUGCUAUUUCAUUCAUUCUUUUUCAGUAGCAGGGAUGGGUUGGACUGAGCUAUCCAUACUCUCUGGUGCCCCCUUGGUGAGAGUUUGAGGGGGAGAUAACAGUCUGUGGCUUUAGAAAGUGGGUUUUUCCCCUGAGCAAAGCUAACUGCCUACCAAAGGCAUCAAACUGCUGUCCAAGGUCUCAUUAACAUCAUAUGCUAGUUAACUGGGCUAACUCAUCCCAAGGCCAGCCAGAAUAGAACAGAUGGAUGAAUUGGAGGCUGGUUUGAAUUGGAGGCUGGUUUGAUAGCAUUCUACAAACCCCAUUUAAUUUGAUCUGGAGGCAUCUUUUGAGGAGUUCAGGACCUACUGAAGUUUCACUCAUUAGGAAUGGGCCCCAGUAGAACAUCGUGGUGCCCAGUUAAACAAUUUUACCUCAUGGAAGUCAACUUGGUGGAAUAAUAAUGCAUAGAGGCCUUAGAAACACACACACACACACACACACACACACACACACACACACACACACACACCAGUCCUGGGGAAUUUUGACACAGGGAAGUCUCUUAAUUGGCAAAAUGGAGGAGCCAUGCCUUUUUUUUUUUUUUAAACAAAGGGCGCUUCAUUGUGCAUUGACAUUUGCAAACGUAACACAACUUUGGUGGAAAGCAACGUCUGGCAAACUUCUUUCUAUAGGCCAAGCUUGAGCCUAUUGGUCACCUCACCUUAGCACUGCCUAGCGUCUUGGUGUCUUGGAAUAGUUUCCAUUAGCUGAAUCCCCUUCCCUCCCCUCAGUUUCUUUUGUUACCUCGAUAUGUGUGGCCUUUAUUUCUGUGUGUGUUGACAGGUUCUCUUAAAGAUGUAUCUGUAGGUUCUUUAAAAAAAACCCAAUAAAAACAAAUCUGCUUUGAGAAAGUAUAAGCAGUAAAUCCUUUGUAGCCAGUCCACUCAUCUGUCCAGACAUAUCGACUUGGGGUUGUUUUUAUUGUUUAUUAUUUUCUAUUUUUUAAAGUAAAAAAGCACUUUAAAAAAGCAAUUGGUUAACUUAAAACUUUUGUAGUUCCCCUCCCUGACCCCCUUGAAGGAAAUUGGAAGAAGGUGGAAAAACCCCAAAGUCUUGUUUCUGUUCUCAGCCACGUUGGCAGCCUCUCUCAGCAUUCACUUAAAUCUUCCCUCUUUCCCUCCUACUCAUGACUUUCAGUUCUUUUGGUUGUUCUAAAAGACAAAAAAGAAAAGCCCACAAACAGAUAAACAAAGUACAAAACAAAAACCCUGACAAUGUUUGCAGGCUAUGUGAGCAUGUUCCCCUGUUGGCUCGCUUUUGUGUCUGUUUAAUGAAUGUCCUGUGUAAACGCUAAGAGACAUUGACAGUGAUUUGGAACGGACUAACUCAGUGACUUGAUGCUCUAAGACAUUGUAGGAUUGCAGACUAGCUGGAUUUUAACCCUUGGAUUUGUGAUUGUGAACCAUGAGUGAAGGAGCUGUAUGUGCUAAAGCUGAUCAUGUGUGUAGACAGACAGUGCUUUUUCCCCCUCUCUUUUUAUUUUUUACCACUGUCUUAAUGGCAAAUAAUUAUGGUAAAAAAAGUCGUGUUUAUUAUUCCUUAAGAACUCUGUGUAAUAUUACCAUGGAAACGCCUAAUAAAGACAAUGUUGUUGUUUCA